UUGUAAUAAUUUCCUCUAAGAAAAAGCUCUGCUUAUUUUUUUCUCCCUCACUGGAGACUCCAAACAGUCAAUAAGAAAAAAAGGCAUAGAUUCUCUUCUUCUUCUCUCUCUCUUUCAAGAUACAUAGCUAUGUCAUCGACGAACGGAGGUUACCAGGAGAACACAAACUGGAUUUUUCAAGAAGUCAAAGACGCCAUGUGGACGGUUGAAGAAAACAAACGGUUCGAGAAAGCUCUAGCCGUUCUCGGCGACAAAGACGACCUAGAGAGCUGGUCCAACAUCGCCGCUUUGAUCCCGGGGAAAUCCGUAGAUGACGUCAUUAAACGAUACAAGAAGCUGGAGGAUGACAUCAGCGACAUCGAGGCCGGACUUGUCCCCGAUCCGGGCUACUGCUCCGAUGCCUCCGCAGGUGAUUACUUCUUUGGGCUAGAGAACUCCGGUUACGGUUACAAUUAUGUCGUCGGAGGAAAGAGAAGUUCGCCGGCGACGACCGAUGGUUUCAGGCUUCCGAUGCCGGAAAAAGAACGGAAGAAAGGAGUUCCAUGGACCGAGGAAGAACACCGACGAUUCCUAAUGGGUUUGAAGAAAUAUGGAAAGGGAGAUUGGAGAAACAUUGCAAGAAACUUUGUGACAACUCGAACGCCGACGCAAGUUGCUUCCCACGCUCAAAAAUAUUUCAUUCGACAGCUCACCGAUGGUAAAGACAAACGGCGGUCAAGCAUUCACGACAUUACAACCGUUAACGUCCCCGAUGCAAACGCACCAACAACCGCCACACCCGCCGCCGCAACAGUCUCUCCUACUCCAACCAACCCUUUUGACGUUUUCCUUCCUCCAAAGCCUCAUCACAGUUUCGCGUUUUCGCCUGCGUCUAGUUAUCAUAACACGUUUCCGCAAUGGAGUUGAAAAUCAUAUAUAAAUCUAGAGUUUGUCUUAUAAAUGGUUAUAUAUGUUUUCUACGCCUAUGAAAUUGUUCAUGCAGGAUUUUGUAAAUAUUUGUAAAAAAAUUGAAAGUUUGUGUGAUCAUGCAAAUAUUAGGUUGUGGUUGAUUGUAAUUUCCUGUUAAGCAAGUUUAUAUUACUAAAAUGUAUGUGGCUUAUCCGUACACUAAUUUAUUUAUAUGUAUUAUAAUGUUAUUGCCGUUGA